UGAUACAGAGCAAAAUAACGUAAACAAAGUUAAAUCAUGAAUUUGAUCUUAUUUGGAAACUAUUGAUGAAAUAACUUCGUAUCAAUAUAACUUCUUGAAAGAAAACGAAAAGUUAAUGUCAUAUAUUUUUUUAUUAGUUUUAGACAUAUUCCAAAUAAUAGCAAAAAUGUCAGAAUAUUUUUUAUCAAGAUCUAAAAAGCGCUCAUUAAACUAUAUUUAAUAUAAAAUAAUGUACACUUAUUACAGUAUGGAUUUCAUGAGAAAUGGGUACAAGUUUUGGACGACAGGUUGCGGUGUCAAGUUGGUCGUUAGACUAGUACACACUGGCCUUUGUCUCGGCAUCUUGUCCGGACUGCUUUGGAAAGACACAGAACUGCGCCGUGCCUUGAUUGAGUUACAAUAUCCAGUGUAUGGCACGAUAUUUCUGUUCACACUGUUUGUCUCUUUAGUGCUGUAUUACAUUGCAAGCAUGACUGAUCCUGGUUAUGUUGAUAUUUCUCAAUUUAGACAGUCAGCAGGAAACGACCACUGUUUGGACAUAGAGAGCGAAAUGUCAGAAGAAGAAACCCACUUUUCCAGGUUAGACAGCACUAGGGGAGACAACCAGCCAUUGGACAAACGCAACAGAUACAAGUACAGAUACUGCGACUACUGUGAAAUAAUGCCUCCUUUAAGAAGCAAGCACUGUGAAGAUUGUAAGCAAUGUGUACGUCGCUAUGAUCACCACUGCCCGUGGCUAGAGACAUGUAUUGGGGAACGAAACCAUAAAUACUUCUGGUGGUUUCUACUCGUGAUGUCUAUACUUAUUAUAUGGACUGUUGUUAUAGUUUGGGAAAGUUUUAUUACCAAAAGAACCUGGGCAGAAUGGUUUCAUACAAACAUUGUCUUAUUUCUUAUCAUCGCUGUUCUUGUAAUAAGUGGGCCUGUUGUGGUUGGACUUCUGGCGUUCCAUACAUACUUGAUGCUAAAUGGCCAAACAACGUGGGAAGCUUCUUCAAGGGAGAGAAUAACUUAUCUAAAGUAUUUGGACAAUGAAUAUAAUCCUUUUGACGAAGGGUGUCUCUUGAAUAGUUAUUAUUUCAUGUGUUUUUACAAGGUUCGAAGGUGGGAAACUUUAUAUGCUCAGCGGGCAAAGUUUAAAGACACUGACUGACAGAUUGAUUCGUUUUCAGUUGAAAUAUUUUCUUACACUUUUGUUGAUUUGAGGAGUAUUAAAUUUAAAAGGGUUUGUCAUAAAGUCUGUAUGUAUUGUUCAUCAGAGUUAUCUUGACCACCGGCAACCGGCAAUUACAGUAAACUGUAGGUAGAUCAAGUUUUAUUGGCUGAUUAUGAGUUUUGUACAAGUAAAAUUUAACAUGUACACAUUACUUUGGUGUAGCAGUAUCCAAUGCACAAAUACGGUAUCUGUACAUUGUUAAUUUUAUUUGUUAUUACUGGACAAAAUGAAUCAUUUACAUUAAUUUGAACAUAAUGAUAUCUGACUAAAUUUUAUUAUACACAAGUAUUGUCCCAAAACAUGAAAAAUAACUCAUUACGAAACGUCAUUAUAAACAAUCUAUUGUGAUGUGAUGAACUCCAUGAAAUUUACAACUAAAACACCUUGUGGCAUACUUGAACCACAGACUAGGCCUUCAUAUCACAAAGAUUCUCAAUUUAUUGGUUUUUAGUUUUUUCUCAAGUACAUUCUAUGAUAUAGAAAUAUUAUUCUUUAGAAUUUCGACCACUGAUAUUCACCAUCAUGCAGAUGACAUUGGGGUUUUAAAAGGAUUAAAACAUAUUCAUAGUUUGGACUAAUAUCUUGCAAUAAUAUGGAGAAAUGAGUUGAGAUUUUCUUGUGUUUUUUGUGAUAUUGGGACCUGCCUGUCCAAAAAACGGCAUUUCUAACCACUGCGCUACAUCCACUGAGGUGUUGGAAGUACAUGUAAUGUACAAACAUUAUACAAGGGCCACAUACAAAGCAUUCAAUACACAAGCUGACCUGCCAAUCUACAAUGUAUGUUAAUAUCAACCAAUUGCUUGUAUGCAAUGGUCAAGAUAACAGUGCCAACAAUAGACGUAUGUAUUACACCGCGAGAUUGUGAGAGUGUUGGAAAUGAACUAUUAAUUAUUUGUUAUUUACUGACUUGAAAUGCUCUAUUAUUUUAUAAAAGAACUAUUUGUC